AUGGGGAAAAACAACCAUUUAAGUGAUUUAGUAAAAAAUGUUCAAUUUUUUGUUAGCACAUGUAGAGAAAAAAAUAAGAAAUUGAUGAGCAUGAGUAGUCUUGAGUUGUCAGAUGACGAAAUAUAUACAACUACAAUGAAUAUUCUAGAAGAUAAAAAAUAUGGGGAUAAAGAUGAUAAGGGUAAUUAUAUUGAAAAUAGUAGUAGCAUUGAAUUUUCAGAUGAAUUAAUGUAUGGUAUGUAUAAAAAAUAUUCUACUACCUUUAGUAAACAAUUAAAAAAAACGUAUACUGAAGAUGAUUAUUAUAGGAAAUUGUUGAAUAAUUUUGAAAAGGAUAAGAUAAAGAGGUCUAUCGAUCUUAAAGGAAAUAAGAAUAAUGUAGAAGGUAUGUUUGAUAGAGCAAUUGGAAUAGAUAAUGAACAGGUUGUUUCAGCAAAUAAUAGUAGUAACCAUAAUGUUAGUAGUAACCAUAAUGUUAGUAGUAACCAUAAUGUUAGUAGUAACCAUAAUGUUAGUAGUAACCAUAAUAUUAGUAGUAACCAUAAUAUUAGUAGUAACCAUUAUAGUAGUAGUCAUAACAGUAUCUGUAGUUUAAGACUAGAAAGGAUGAAAGAAAAAAUGAAACAAAAAAAAAUAGAUGAUAUGAAAAAUGAAAUGAGAGAAUACGAUUUACAUUUAUUGAAACUAUAUAAUAAAUUAGAAAGUAAUGAAAGAAAAAGCAAAUUGCUAAAUAAAAGGAAAAAUAUAUCUUCCCAAAAAAUAAAUAAUAAGACAAAUAAUACAAAUAAUACAAAUAAUAUAAAUAAUAUUAUAAAAUAUAAAGAGAAAAAAAGAAAACAUCCUAAAAUAAGUAUGGAUACAUAUAAUUCAGAAAUGUUAAAGAUGAAAAGUGAAAUAAUAUUAAGAAGAAAUAGUACAAUCACAAAUAAAAUAUAUAAAAACAGUAAUAAGAAAAAAAGAGAAAAGAAAGAUCAUAAUACUCAUAUUAAUAGUAAUGAUAAUAUGUAUGUAACCUAUAAUUGGCGACAAGAUAAAAAAAAAAAAAAUGAUUAUAUGGAAUCCCAAAGUAGUGAAGUUAAAAAAGACAAAAAAAAAAAAAAAAAAUUCAAAUGUAAAAACAAAAUCAAUAUAACAAAAAUGGAAGAAAAGAAUGAAGGAGAAAAAAGUCAAAUAAAAUAUUCCUUUUCAGAAAAUAUGAGAAAAAAAAGUUCGAAAAAUUCAUUUUUUUCUCUUGGGAGUAAAAGGAUGUCUAAGUUUUAUGGUACUACAUCUUCUUCGAAAAAGACACUAGAUGAAAAUGAACAGAUAUUUUUUGACGAAAGGUUAUUAUUAAAUAGAUUAAAUAAAAAAAAAAAUGAUGGAGUAUACGACAUUGGUUGUAUGUAUAUAAAUAAUGAAGAUGUGAGUGUUAAAGGUUCCAACGAUUUAUUUGAUAGUAUUAAAAGAAAAACAAAAAAAAUGGAAAAAAUAGAAAAAAUGGCAGAAAUGACCAAAAUGACCAAAAUGACAAAAAAAACAAAAAAUUUAAAAAAGACAAGUGAGAGAAAAUUUAAUAAUUCUGUUAGCGGUAUUAUGCAAAAUAGUAAGAAUAAAAACAAUAUGAUAAAUAUUUACAAUAAUAAUAAUAAUAGUAUGGUAAAUAAUUAUAAUAAUGUGAUAAAUACUUAUAACAAUGUAGUAUAUAAUAAUUACUAUAAUUUGAAUAGAUCUAAAAUUCUGAAGGAUCAAUUUAAUUCAUUCAAUGAUAAUAGAGAAAACAUCGAUGAUUACAAAAGUAUGAUGAAUAAAUUAGAAGGUAAAGUAGAAAAAAAUAAGAAAAGAAAUAAUUCUUAUAUUGAUAAUAUUAUAAAAAUAAUAAAUUGUUUGGUUGAUGAAUAUGUCCCCAAAUUAAUUGAUAGAUAUGAAUAUUAUGUAAAUACGUUAGAUGAAAAAAACAAAUUAUUAAAAAUAAAAAUAAAAGAUUCCCUAGAUUUUGGAGACAUACAAUAUGAGGAGAUACGCGAAUUAAAAUCUCAGUUAAUUCAAAAAAAUAAUAAAAAUAAAAAAUUAAAUGAUACAAUAGAUAUGUUAAAAGAUAAGUUAUCAUAUAUGAAUGAAUUGGAAUCUAAAAAUUUUGAAUACCUGGACGAAAUUGUUAUGUUAAGAAAUAGAGUUACUUAUUUAGAAAAAAUAAUUGAAGAUAAUGAUCAAUCCAAAGAAUCGGUAGAAAUUAAAAGAAUACGUAGGAAUUUAAAAAAUAUAUAUAAAAAGAUGAAAAGUGAAAUGAGAUAUAUAAUAAAUUUUAAAUACAAAAAUGAUAAACGAUAUAAAAAGAAGAAAAAAAGGUUCUCUCUAUAUAAAUUGUUGUCUAUAAAUGAUAAGAUGGAACAAUAUAAUAUGGAAUAUAAGAAGGAUGAUAGAAAUAAGAAUGAAAAGAAUAUAGCGCAUAUGUGUUAUAUGAAGGAAGGACAAGUGAGUAGCAAAGGAAUAUUAGAUGAUGAUCAAAUGUUUUGUGUGGAAGAAAAAAGGGACGACCCACCAAACAAUGAAAAUGAUGAAAAUGUUAAAAAUGAUGAAAAUGUUAAAAAUGAUGAAAAUGUUAAAAAUAGUGAAAAUGUUAAAAAUAGUGAAAAUGUUAAAAAUAGUGAAAAUGUUAAAAAUAGUGAAAAUGUUAAAAAUGAUGAAAAUGGCAAAAAUGUUGGGAAGAAUUAUAUACAUUUUAAUAAACAAGUGGAUACAACCGAUUUGUCAUAUCAUCAUGAUAAUUUAAGAAUUGACAACUGUGAGGAAGAGAAGAAAAUAUCAUAUAACGUUUUAAAAAAGAGGAUGAAAGAUAUUACACCAAAUAAUUUUAAACUAGAACAAGAUGUUAAUGAUAUCCAGUUGAAUCAUAAAAAGGUGGGUACAUUGCUAUUGCCUACAGUGCAGUUAUGUAAUAGUAAUAUAAUUAUGCCUAUAGAAGAUAUUAAAAAAAAUAAUUCUUUACAAAAUAGAGAUGAUAUACUAACAAAUAAAAUAAAGUAUCCUAUUGAUAGAGAUUCUUUAGUUUAUUUGUAUUCUUCACAUCCCAUACCAGUCGAAAGUUAUCCAUACUAUCAUUAUUAUUAUAGUAAUAUACAUGAAAAGAAGAAACAAAAAAUAGAUAUAAAUAUAAAUGUGGACAACAACCUGUGUGAUAACAUUUCUUGUUGUAUUAAAGGAGGAGGAGAGAGAAAAAAAAAGAACGUAAGAAAAUUCUUAAGUAUAACUAUUCCAGAGGAACAGGAUUUAAAAAAAAAAAAAAAAAAAAAAAUAAAUAAAAUAAAAUAUAUUUAUAAUAAUGAAACCAUGAAUAAUCAUAAAAUUAUUAGAACAAAAGAUUUUCAAUUAAAAGAUAUGGUUAAAAAACAGGAAUAUAAACAAAGAAAAAUAAACGGUCCUUAUAAAUAUUAUAAUGUGAACAAAAGAAAGAAAGAUUUUUUAUUUUUCAUGAAUGCAUUAAGAAGGAAUGAUAUAUUAAGUUAUAAUAAAAAAUGUAAAGAUAUUUAUGAUAAUCACAAACUUGCUCUUGAUAAAAAAUGUUUAGAUAUGAAAAAUGAUUUAAAGAGAAAACAUUUUUAUAAGCAAUGUUUGGAUCUCAGUAUGAAUAAAGAUAAAUAUGAUUAUAAUGUAAGUGAUAAUAAUAUAUAUCAUGGUAGUACUGUAUAUUGUAAUGAUGAUAUACAUUUUGAAGGGAAGGACAAAUACAACCAUAAUAUAAAUUACAACAACAAUAUAAAUUACAACAAUAAUAUAAAUUACAACAACAAUAAUAGUUAUAAUAAGAAUAAAAAUAAUUAUUGUUAUUAUAAUAAUUUUUGUUGUGAGAGACAGGCUAAUGUAGGAUCGGCAUUAUCCUUGAAUAUUAUACCUUAUGAAAAGGUCGAGAUAAAUGGAUUAAUAAAAAAAAAUAAAAAAAAAAGUAAAAAUAACAAUAGCAUUUGUCGUUUUGUAUCUUUUGACUGUUGUUUUAAUAUAAAUAAUACGUCAAAGAAAAAAAAACGAAACGUUUCUUGGGAGAGCACAAGAAGUAGUAGUCAUGAAGGUGAGGAGCGAAUGAAAGGGGGGUCAGAUUAUAGCAAUAUAUUAUUUUAUAAAAAAUAUGAUGAAAAGGAUGAAGAUAUAUUUGUGCAACAUGAUUAUAGUAAUGCAUAUAAUUCAUGUGGAGAAGUGGAUAUGACCAGCACAAAUUAUAAAAAUAAAAUAAUAAAAUAUAACAAUAAUGAUGAUAAUGAUAAUAAUAAUAUUAAUAUUAAUAAUUGUAUAUAUAAAAUGAUUGAUAAUAGUAUGGAUGAGAACCCAUUAUUAUUUCCAAGCAAUAUUGUUCUCUCCAAUAAUUUCUUACCACAUGUAAGAGAUCAUAAUAAAAAAGAAGCAACUACCACAUUACAAACACAAACACAAACACAAACACAAUGGAAUGUUAAGAAACCUUUCGACUAUACAGGUAAAAAUACAUUUCGUUAUUAUAAUUUAUUUCAUCAAUAUUUAGAUAUAAAUAGAAAGAAUUACAAAAGGAUAAAUGAAUAUCUGCUUAAGAACUUUGCAUACACAUCUGAUAUACCUAGAGGUGGAAGUUAA